GCCCUUGGAGCUGUGUCUGUUUCUCAAGGACUCCGUGAGCUGGCGGACGCGAACCGCCCUAAGAAGAGGAAGGCAGGAAGGAAUACCAAGGCAGGCAGCUCUUCUGCCCCGGGGACCGAUGUUGGCAAGGCGGCCUCUGACCGCCCGUCGUCGACUGUCCCGCCAGUCGUAGACUUGGCGGGACCGGAUGUCGAGCCGUCUGCCCCUCUGACCCGGCGAGCGGGGAAAAGGGUGGUGGAGGCUCCCGCCUCGGAGGCGGCAGCAAAGAGAGCGAGGACGAGCUCCCCUCGUUCGAAAGCGGCCGGGAAGCGUGUGGACCAGGGAGGCUCCAUCCCCUUGUCUCAGUUGGCUGCUACAGAUACGGAGGCGGCCGAACAUGGUCUUCACACCAUCAGCGACUGGCUCGCCAUGCCGACCGAGUAUACCUCUACCUCUGAGGAUAACAACAGGCGUCUCGCGGGAACCGCUGCCCAGUUCUUCUUUGCGGCCCAGAUUGGAUUUUCUCAGAUUAUCCUUUUGAAUGACCGCUUGUCGAAGACGGUGGAGGACAAUGCGGUCGAGAUCGCCAAUCUUCGAAAGAGCGUGAGCAGCCAGCGGGAGGCCAUUGUUGCAGAGGUGUGGCCCGAGAUUCAACGUGAGUUUUCCGACAAGUUGGCAGAGAAGGAAAGGGAGGUGCUUGCGGCUAAAAACGCCUUGAGGAGAGCGCCCUUAAAUCUAAGGAGCUGGAAAGAACUUUGCUGGAGGAGCAGGAGGCGCUUCGUCAAGAGGUGGCGAACCUCAAGAGCGAGAAGGCCGCUCUGACCGCGAGCCAUGAAAGUGAGCUUGCAGCGGCUCGUGCUGAGGCGGGACCUGCUUAUCUGCAGUCAGCCGAGUUCAUUGCUUCUGACAAGGCCAAGUACAAGACCGUGGUUGGCAACGUGGUGGCCGCCAUCCGUCAUUUGUUCAGGGAAAAACGCCCCUGAUGUCGAGUGGGACUCGGACCGCGUCUGGGAUGCGGUUGGUCUAUGGUCAGCAACUGAUGUUAAUUCGGAGGCGGAUGAGUCCGAGGAGGAAGAAGCGGG